AUGAACGGGCAGGGAAAGGCUGUCCGGCCGCCUGUCUCCGGCCCAGGCAGCCGCCAAACCAGCGGGCGGCCACCCCAACCCCGUCCCGUCCAGCAGAGUGGUUCACGCGGGCGAGUUCGCCACGGCAACGGCGCUUCUGACAAGCAGCGGGAAGACCGAGGAGCGUCUUCACACACGUUCGAAGAAGCCGAGGCGGUGAGCGGUGACGCAACGGUACGCGAACGUUCCCGCACGGGUGGCUCAGGUGCCACACCCAUGCGGCGGCCUGAGCCUAAUUGGCGAUCACGUGCAGACGCCGCUGCAAAAAUACCCAACCCUAUGUACGCCUCCAAUGCAGGCACCACACCCAUGCAGCAGCCUCAGUCACUGCGAUCACGUGCGGACGCCGCUGCCAAAAUACCAAACCAUAUGGACGCGUCCAGUGCAGACGGCGCGUAUCCGGGUAGAGCAAGCGGCCGCCGGGGUGUCUGUGGCUUCCUCAGCGCCCGCCGCAGCAGCCUGACUGCCGGCAUCGCCGUGCUACUGGGCUUGGGCGCCAUGGGACUCGCCCCUCUGACGUUCAUCAACAAACAGAGCGAGCAAGACGACAUGUCCACCACUGUUGACGCCUUGAAGAGCGACCAAGACGACAUGUCCACCACUGUUGACGCCUUGAAACGCGACCAAAACGCCUUAAAACGAGACCUGGACAACGAACGAAGCCGAACCGCCGCCUUAGAGCAGCGUCUUCGCGAGAUUGUGAAGGCUUUACUAUCUUGUGCUGAAGGUUACACAAAACGACGUGGAAUCUGCUACAAGGUCUUCAACAAACAGAAGACCUUCACAGGUGCUGCCUCUACCUGUCGUGCAGACGGCGGAACCCUCGCCAUGCCCCGAGACGCUGACACCAACGCCUUCCUCAUCUCCCUGUACAAGUCCGUGAGCGACGACCGAGGCUUCUGGUUCAGACUGCUUGAUCAGCGCGAAGAGGCCUUCUGGUUCGGCCUGCACGACCAGCGCGUAGAGGGAAGGUUUGAGUGGGUGGACGGGUCUGCACUUGGACCGUACAACUCCUGGAGUCCGGGAGAGCCGAGCAACGGUGGGGGCAACGAAGACUGCGUCAUUUAUUCCCCACGAUACAAAGACAAGUGGAACGACGUACGCUGCCACAUUGAGGUUAACUUCAUAUGCCAGGCUAAUCCAGGUACUUAUUGUGUCCGCACUUUUUCCUGA